UUUUCAUAAGUAGCAUGUGAAAAAAUACAUUAUUAAAAAUACUUUAUAUGUAAAGCAAAGUGAUGGCGAACUUAUGACUUCCGUGCAUAACAUUUAGUACAUAAGUCACAAGUGUCUGGCUAAUAAAAUUUGUGAAAACAGCAUAAGGAUGUGUUUGGAACCGAUAGAGAUUGUGUAUGGAAAAACUUUUAAACAUUUCCCACGGAAGAUAUCUACUUUUAACAAUUACACUUUUGCCUAAAAUAAAUAAAAAAAACUACUCUAUAUGGUCAUAAAAGUUCGAACUGUCGAAGGAACAUCGAAAAUUCUGUGAAGAAAUACAAAGUUUUAGCUUUAAGCUGCCUGGCAUUGAUUCUUUCCUUUAGCAGCCAGUGUACUUUGGUUGGUGGUGUAGUAUUCUAAAAUUUUGCUGUGGGCACUUCAGCCGGUAAACGCUAUAUUCUCUGCUGUGUGCUCCAGCGUACUAUGGCUGCCUCUAUGAUACAUCCUUCUUAAUCCUCCUCACUGAAGGCGAAGAGGUUGUCUUCAUCGAACUUCAUUAGGAGUCCUUUAGUCCCAUACGUCGUUGUCUUCACCGUUGUUCCUGUCAGAGCGUUGCUCAUCAAUAUAUUGUUGUUGAUUGUGUUUUGUGCCCCCUUUCGGUCUUACGAGAGCGGAAGGCUUUGCUCAUCCGCAGAGCUGGUAUGCUUAUUUCAUAUAUACGACUUCGCCCGGGCAACAGAAGGGACUUUUCUCUAUCAGCUAUUCUAUUACCUCCUGCUGACCAUUCGCCAUUUUGGGAAUUGUGAGGUAUCUCUCUUAGUUCAUAAAAGGAAUGUGCCCAUUUGGGUUGAGUCUAUUUUUUUACUUAAGCCCAUUUGCCACGGCACGGCGAACAAUACUAAGAGAGUCCGCAAUAGAGUAUCUUCUUUUCUAUCGACAAGUUCAAUAGAGCAACGUGGCAUCAUAACCUUACCCGCUGUGGUAUGUAUGUUAUUAUCGAGAGUCAUGGAAUUUUUGUAACGCGUUUUGUUAUAGUUCAUCCAAUAGCUUUUUAGAGAUUUUCUUAGUUAACAAUGCUUUACCGGGAAAUAUAUUCCGGUCCGUUCUGGCUACAUAGUUGUCAGUGAAUCUACUGUAUGUUUAAGUUCGCUUUGCCCAUUAUCCGCAACACAGCGAGCUCGAUAACCUUUGUAUCCAUGUGAAAUGCUCAGAUAUCUCAAACAAAAGCUUUGGCUUCAACGUCCAUGAUAAUCGCACAUUAGUGUAUUGCAGUGCUGAUAUAGAAUUUUAUCGCUUCUGCGAUUUCGUAAGAUACAUAAGUAUCGAACUACUUACAACCCUGCGUUACAAUUCGCUUUUCAAUUUCUUGUUUUUUUUCUGUAACGUCUUUUCACAAACCUUCAAAGCAAAAAAAUAUAAUUUUUUUUGGCAGAAAAUUUAUUGUUUUCAUUUUUGCUCAACAAAAUUAUGCUUCUUAAAUAAAUACAAGGCAAUUAAGCUCAGGUUGUUUGCAAGCGCGGUGACUGGUCGAACGUCGAAGCAGUGGUGGCAAAUGGUGUUGGUCAAUUGUGUGGCGAAGCAUGGGAUGUAAACCAAGUCGUCCGAAUAGAAGGCGAGGUGGUAGUAGAGACCACUCCCAGUACUCAGGCUCUGAGUCGUGUGGUUGUUGUAAUCCAGACUGCGAGGUAACUCAACAAGGAAGACGGGGUUCACGCGGCCAGAGCCAAGGUCGAUAUGACGCACCGCCGUUAUGUCGCUCACACACAAAUGUGUGCUUAAGCCCGUCCAAGUGUCAUCUUAUAGCGACGCGUGUGGUCAUUUGCAAGAAGAGUUCCGAUUAGAUUUGUUCAGCGAACUCUACAAUACCAACACAAUAAAUUUGUUUUGAUACAAUAUUUGAAGUAUUUUGAAAUGUCAAAGCAUUAUUUAGAAUUUCAAAAGAAAGCUGGAAAAAUAUUUUUGGCUCAAAAUUUCUGUUGUCAAAAGCGGAAAACGUGAUUCGUAAACAAAAUUCAACAUUACAAAUUCGCUUGCGGUUGUAGAUAGGCGAGCUGCCAAACAAAAACUGGUCAAAAUUUCGGGGCACAAGCUGAAGUGACUUUUACAAAAUGGGCAAUGCCGGUAGUAGUAAUCGUAGUGAUCCACACCGAUCACCACCGCAUCAAAGCUAUCAGUAUUACGAGCAAGCAAGACCACAGACGCGGAAUCGUGAUCAGUACGACGUAUCAGGAAGUAUGAACGAAGCUAGCAUGGGUCCACGUAUUGUGGUGCACGGCAGUCCAUAUAUGGACCGACCGAGCCAAUAUGAGGUAAGGCAGCGGACACCGAAGAGAAUGCCAAAGCACAGCACACCGAAAUCUUCACACAGCGGUGCUGCGAUGUGUGUGCGCGAGUAUGGCAUUUCCCUACAACGACCACAAGCAAUAUCAGAAACGUCCUUAUUCUCAAAUCAAAGACCACAGCAGCGACCUCCACCAACAACAAUACGGUCACAGCCGCAACAACAGCAGCAACUAGUGCGCAGUCCGAUAGAAUCGUGUAAUUGUAAAGCCUGUCGUGAUAAAGAUGAGAAAUUAGCAGCAUAUGCCGGUUCAUCAGUCACACCCAACACAACUUAUGUGUCAUCAAGCGCCGCCAACACAACUUAUGCAUCACCAAUCGCCGCCACCAACACAACUAACGUGUCACCUAUCGAAUAUACAUCAACUCCAACAGCGCCAAAGCGCAACGCCUGCACCACCGCCAACUCUUGUACUGGCUGUAGCCGCGGCGGUCAGGGCUACAUGGAGCCAAACUCAGCUGCGCACAGCACAGCGUUUGACAGGAGCUUGAAUGACACGAGCCGUGAAAGGAACCGUAGAGAACUCAAUGAAGCUUCUGUGGAACAUUCAGGUAGGCAUUGCUGCAAAUACGAGGAUGAAAGUUAUGCAAAUACGUCGACGCGUAGGCGUCAGAGUCCCGCGUCGAGCGAAAUCCAAACAACCAAGAGCAGGGGUGAAAACCAUCCAAUUACGUCGACGCGAAUACACGAGUGUCCAAUGGCAAAUGAAACACAAUCAUCCAAAUACAGGGAUGAAGCUUAUCCGCUUACUUCGACGCGUAUUCAUAAUAAUGCCAUAUCAAGGGAAAGUGAGGCUUACAAGUACAGGGAUGAGACCUAUGCAGACACGUCUACCCGAAUGUCUCCGAGCGUUGGGCAAACUCAAGCAUCACCACCGGCGCAACUUCAAAUAUGCUACGAUGGCGGCAUGACAACGAGUGGUGGCGCUACUUCAGACGAGGUAUCAGACUUUCAUCGUGAAUGCUUGGAUGCUCAUAACAGAUAUCGUGCCCGACACCAGAAUUGCCCACCACUAUCUCUCAGCAACGAAUUGAGUAAAUAUGCGCAACAAUGGGCUCAGCAUCUGGCCGCUACUGGGCGCCUGGAACACCGUCAAGUGCACACAUACGGCGAAAACUUAUACACAUCGAGUGGCAUGGAGGUGGAUGGCGCUACAGUGGUGAAAAACUGGUACGAUGAGAUACGCAAUUAUGAUUUCUCGAAGGCCACCUACAAACCUGGCACCGGACAUUUUACGCAAAUUGUGUGGCGUGACAGUCGACAGUUAGGUGUGGGUAUUGCGACAAGAGCUGAUUCUACGUACGUCGUUUGUAACUACAAUCCACCUGGAAAUAUACUGGGUAGUUUUGACGGCAUGGUGCCACCGUUGAAGUGAAGCAUGACCAAAAAUUUUAUAAAUAAUACAGAAUGUGAUAAAUUUUACCAAACGAAAUGAGCUGGACUAAUGUUUGCAGUGAAGCUGUAAAGCUUUUGUGCUUUUAUAGGUGAUUUGUUAAUAUUAUUUAUCAUUUCAAUUUAUAUCGGCCUGGUGGUUUUACUUCUUCACUGCAACGAGUUGAUCCUGCUUGUGGAACCCUAUCAAACAAUUUUAAGUAAAACAGAAAAUAACAGUAAAUAUGUAAAUACAAACCAUGUACUCAUUAAAUUAUAUAUAGCUCUUUAAUAUAUGAAAUAUUUUAUACAAUAUUAUGGCACUAA